AUGCAUGUUGCGCAGGCGAAGGUCGUUGGCGGAGGCAGUAGCAUCAAUGGCGGCACGGCCUUGAGGAACGCUGUCAAGGACUGCGAAGAGUGGGUUUUGCUGGGCAACGAUGCUUGGGGUUGGGACAGCGUCGAGCCCGUGUACGACUUCCUGGAGAAAGACGAUCUCAGGCCGACAAAAGGCUUCCAUCCGCUUGUCAGGACCAAAAUCGAAGGGUCGGGUUUGAUUCAGCAAGCCUUCGUUGCUGGCGCCAUCGAAGCUGGCCUCCCGUGGGUCGCGGAUUUGAACGCUACAGGUGCAGAAGGGACAGGAGCUUCGCCAGUCUGCCGGAAUGGCGAGCGUCGAAUCAGUGCAGCGAACACAUUCAUCGACCCUAUCAGAGGGAGACGGAACUUUCGCAUCCAAUCGAACGCAUUCGUUGAUCGCGUCUUGUUCUCCGAUCGGAGAGCCACAGGCGUAAAACUUGUCGAUGGGAGCCAGAUAUCUGCCAGUUGCGAGGUCAUCCUCGCGGCAAGUGCACUCUUCUCGCCAGCGAUACUGCAACGCUCUGGCGUAGGACCUUCAGCGCUGCUGGAGUCUCUUGCCAUCCCUGUGCUACAAGACCUUCCGGUCGGACACAAUUUGUCCGACCAUCCCUGCAUUCCACCGGGCGCAUCCUCGCGGCCCCAGCGGAGUCUUGGAGGUUCGGAGACAGGACAUGUUGCCGGAAUUGGAUGCAAUCUCAACAAGCCCACCUCACAUGGCAGCGUACAGAUUGGUUCGAAAGAUCCUCUUCAGCAGCCCGUGGUGCGGCCGAAUUAUCUGACGACAGCAGAGGAUCGUACUUCCGCUCGCGAGAUCGUUCGACUUGGCUACAAAAUCAUGCUCUCCCGUUCGAUGCAGAGUCGGCUGUCUUUACCACUGGGUAUUACAGACGAUACCAUUCGAUCAGAUAAUCUGCUCGACAAAUGGAUUCAGUCGCAGUAUUCCAGCACAUACCACUUUUGCUGCUCGUGUCGAAUGGCUGCUCGUGAGUCAGGUGGAGUCGUCGAUCAAAGUGGGCGAGUAUACGGCGUGAAAGGAUUGCGGGUCGUGGAUGCAAGUGUCAUCCCUACCGUCCCUGCCGCCAACACUAUGUGGACGACCAUGAUGUUCGCUGAGAGAAUCGGACGAAGCUUGAGAGACGGGGUCGAUGUUGGGCCCCCGUUGCGUAGCGGUCGAUCCGAAGGAUUGAGCCGACUCUGA